GAGUUAUGCCUCUGCUUCAAGGAUAAGAAACAUAUAUCCCGGGUGUGUCAGAGCACAGGAGCAUGAUUAACGCUCAUAGGAGGGAAGUACUGGAAUGACUUCUUCAGAGAGGAACAGGAAGUAGGGGGAGGAGCCGAGCUCUGCACAGGCCACUUUCAUUUUGACCCAGCACUCAUUCACACCACACAACUGAGACGGAUAUCUUCCAUUGACUCCCACUAACAGUUGGUCAUGGACGUCAUAGAGCCCAUCUUAUCCAUCGCCUCAGAGAUCUACGGACUUGUUGAGAAAGUAAAGGCCAAUAAGAAGCGCUGCCACCGUGUUUGCGACCGGGUCAAUGCUCUGGUGGACCUGGUGAAGUCCAUCAAACAGAUGGGACAGGGACAAAUCUCUGCUGACGUGGAGAGACCCCUCAAGGAACUCUCCGUCACUCUGAAAUUAGCACAGGACCUCAUCGAGACGUACACUAAGGCCACCUGGGUGAGGCGCGUUCUGGACUCUGGCAACCACGAAGACGAGUUCAAGACCGUGAACAGACGCCUCAAUGAUGCCUUCCAGGUCCUGUCUGGGGCUCUGCAGGUGGAGCAGGGGAACAUGCUGCGCAAGGUGUUUGAACUGAGCUCCAAAGAGGAUGAGGUGGACGGGAAGGAGGAUGACGCAGAGCUGCAGAAAUUGCUCAAGGAGUUCCAGAAGGAGCAGCAGGAGAAAAUGGAGGCCAUGAUCAAAGAAUUCGAGUCCGUCAGAAACAAUGUGGAAAAGAUUGUGGCGAUCUUGAAUAAGCCCAGAGCCACUGAUGAAGACAUCCGAAUGAUCAAACCACACGAGCUGAACUACGGAGAAUCCAAAAAACCCUUCAUGACAACAGAAACCUCAGAGGUCUACAAAGGACAGUUCAAGAAAUUCCCGGUGGCCAUUAAGAGAUACAUUGACCCUUUGAACACCAACCCAGGGGAGGUGCGAAAAAUUUUUGAAAAGGAGGUUAAAACCAUGAAGCGCUAUGAGUCACACAACAUCCUGCGAAUGUUUGGCAUCUGUGUUCAGAACGAAAACGGACCCCACCCUGAGUUCCUCCUCAUCAUGGAGUACUGUGAGAAAGGAAGUCUGCGUCAGGUUCUGGACAAGUCUGGUAGCAACCUGUCCUGGAUCACAAAAGUUCGCAUGUGUCGGGACGCAGCACGAGGACUCUACGCAUUGCACCAGGCUGAAGAAAAAUCUAAGGUUCAUGGAUGCAUCACCAGCAGCAAGUUCCUGGUAACCGAAGGCGACGAAGUCAAGCUGGGAGGUUUUGAACUGGCAAAAACUGAGACAUCACUGAGGAAGCCGAAGAAGACCAAAGAGAAGGACAGGACCCUGAGUUACACGUCUCCUGAAAUGCUCAAAGACAUCAACCUCGGCUACAGCAAAGAGAGCGAGAUUUACAGCUUUGGAAUCGUCCUGUGGGAAGUUGCAACCAGUAGGAGACCUUUUGAAGGUUUGGAAAACCAAGACAUUUAUCAGAAAGUAGGCAAAGAGAAAUACCAGGAGCCGCUCCCCGAAUGUCCUAAUGGUCUACAACUUGUGAUCGACUCCUGUCGGGACUAUGAUAGCUUCCAGAGACCUUCUGCUGGAGUGCUGGUGGAUCAACUACAAAGUGUGCUGGCAGAGUUGGAGAAGUGCUGAAACUCUUCAUCCCUCUUCCUCUCCGUCAGCAGCACUCAAGGUUUCUGGUUGCAGACAUCCUCAGGAGAAGAAAUACUAUUGUUGAAUCAUGACAGUAGCCUGUAACAUGCUGAAAACUUCUAUAUAAUCCAUUUACAAAGUUUACAAGGCACUGAAAGCAAUAUGUUUUUAUUUUAGUUUAGGGUGAUUCUGGGAUCAAGCUGUUUAAAUCAGGGAAUGAAAAAAAUCAACCUUCUUAUGUGUCUGUGUAGAAUUUUGUGGUGUUUUUUGAGCAGCAGUGUAACUGUAAUUUUUUUUUUGUUAAACGUACAAUAUGUAUCUUUGUGCUGCUCGGGGUCUCUCACUCACAACAGCCCAUGCACAUCGACCACACCACUGUGAGCAUUUAUACUUGUGCGGUGGUGUGUCUGUGUCAUUCUGCAGUUACACCUCCAAAACACUAGUUGGUGGGGAAUUUCUUUGAAAUGCGGUGAAGUUUAGUUGAUUCAAACACACAUUAAACACACAGUAAACACAUAUUAAACACACAGUAAACAUGGCUUAACGGCAACAAUUUCAAACACAAGUACACAACUCAGCUUCACUAUAACUCGCAGCAUUCACAGACAAACACUUGUCUUUAUCUGGACACAUUUUCCCCACAAAUACAACAUGCUAACGUUAUUAGCACAAGCCUAUGGUAUUUUACAUUGUAUAUAUUAGCCUAGCAGCUAGUGAACUUUUACUCUACUUAUAUGAAACCAGGGACAACAGCAACAUUUAACAAAUGUUACGUUAUAAAAUGUGGGUCCAUUACAACUCACAAGGUUCACUGACAAAAUAACUGUCUUAUACUAAACACGUUUUCCAAGCAAAUACAACAUGCUAACGUUAUUAGCACAAGCCUAUGGUAUUUUACAUUGUAUAUAUUAGCCUAGCAGCUAGUGAACUUUUACUCUACUUAUAUGAAACCAGGGACAACAGCAACAUUUAACAAAUGUAACGUUAUAAAAUGUGGGUCCAUUACAACUCACAAGGUUCACUGACAAAACAACUGUCUUAUACUAAACACGUUUUCCAAGCAAAUACAACAUGCUAACGUUAUUAGCACCAGCCUAUGGCAUUUUACGUUGUAUAAAUAAGCCUAGCAGCUAGCAGAGAUUUCCUCUGCUCAUAUGAAGCCAGGAUAAAUCACACAUAAGACUUAAAAUGCUGUUUUGUGGAGGCUUUACUGUCUUCACAAUUUAUUUAUUUUUAUCUGUGGAAUAAAAGAAAAUCAAAGUUUAAUUUCCGCUGAGGGAAAUGGUUUCAGCUUACAGAGACAGACAGGAGGUCUGCGUCACAGAGACAUGUAAUUUCAUUUCUUGGGAGGUGCAUGUCAGGCUACGCUGUAGGUGCGUCGUCGAUUCACGAAGGGAACAGGUCAAAUGUAACGAGAUGAGGAGGGGGGCUGUUAAAAAGGCCUCUAUAUUUAGUAGUCUUUGCUAUGUAGUUACUUUGUUGUGGCCUCAAGUAACAUUUCAAAAUAACUGUAGUAAUAGUGUUAGUAAAAAUUAGUAACAGAUGAACAUUUUGAUGUUUUUCCUCCCCAUUUGUGGCACCCCCUAUGGAUGACGGUGCCCAUAGCAUUCGCCUAUACUGCCUAUACCACGGGCGGCACUGCGGUCACCACUGUCUUUGUGUCUAGUUCUUUGGUCUCAUUUAUAAACAUUGUGUACCCACAAAACGAGGCCUGAAAGAGGUGCACGCCACUCCCCACCCAGAAGUUGUGAUAUAAAAACAGACUUGAUGGGAGAAACUUUGACUCAUGCUUACCAACAUUUUGGAGGGGGAAAUCGGCGACACAGAUGACGAGGUGGAAGCCUGACUGUGGAAAUUAUCAAACAUUUUUUGGCGCGCACGAUUUUUGGCUUUUGUCUGUACGUACAUUUUUAGUAUGGAUCCUACGCAUUGUUUAUAAAUGAGACCCCUGGCAACAUCCAGGAGCAUCUGAUAGGUCGACAGCGCUCUCACUAGGGUGUGAAGACACAAUAGUUCUGCUCCAUAAGGAGGCGCCAAAUCAAUCCUAAACCAGACAGGAGGGAGGCCAGUGACCAAAAACCAUGGACCAUUACAUUUCUCUGGGUUUGAACAUUGCUGGAAACAUUUGGGAUAGUAUGAGCACAUAACUCAACAACAUUUAUAACAUAGGUGUAGUCGUUUUUAAAAUGUUUUAAUGUGUAAAAGUUUAUAUCUUUAAAUGAUUGCAUGUCAGCAAACCUCCUGUUAGAGGUGUUCUGGGCAUGGGUGGAGGGAUUACAUAUCUCAUCUGGCCUGGAAACGCCUUUGGGUCCUCCAGGAGGAGCUGGAAAGUGUCGCUGGGCAGAGGGAUAGGUGGUUGAAAAUGGAAUGGGAACCAAAAAAUUGCAUGUUGAGGAGCCAGAGCUCCUGCUGGGGAAUUAGUUAUACCUGUCACACACCUGUUGUUAUUUCAGCCUUUAUAUUUACUGAAUUAAAGAGGUGUUUUAUAGAACAUAAGAGGUGAAGUUAAAGUGUUGAAAUAUGCCUAAUAAAAACCAAU